CCCAACUUGCCAACGAAAUUUUUAUUUCAUUCAGUUGGAUUCGGUCGUUUGGUAGCACAAGUUGUGACUUCUGGUCUCCAAUUUGUUAAGAUCCCCAAAUAUAGCUUAGGAUGGGCAACUACAAGGGCCUGGGGCGACUGCUGAUCGCCGUGACCUUUUUCACGUGCGGCUUCUUUGUCAACAUCGCCCAGCUUCUCCUGAUCGUUCUGGUGAGGCCCUUCGACAAGCGACUCUCCAGGAGUAUUAUGUACUACCUUACCUACUCCUUUUACGGCAUUCUGGUUUGUGUCGCCGAAUGGUAUGCCGGCAGUAAACUGCACGUCUUCAUCGAUCCCGAGGAUGAGAAGUACUUCCUGGGCAAGGAACACGCCCUGCUCCUGAUGAACCACACCUACGAGAUCGACUGGCUGACCGCUUGGAUGAUCUCCGACAAGCUGGGCAACCUGGGCAACACCAAGGCCUAUGCCAAGAAGAUGCUGCGCUACGUCCCGAUCCUGGGAUGGGUCUGGUGGAUGGCUGAGUUCAUCUUCCUGGACCGCAACUUCGACAAGGACAAGAUCGUGAUCAAGAACCAACUGACCGAGGUCUACUCCUACCCGGAUCCCGUGUGGCUACUGCUGAAUGCUGAGGGUACUCGCUUCACUCCGGCCAAGCACGAGCUGUCCGUGAAGUUUGCCGAGGAACGUGGCCUGCCCAUCCUGAAGCACCAUCUCAUUCCUCGCACCAAGGGAUUCAUCACCAGUCUGCCCACCAUGCGCGGCAUUUGCCCUGGCAUCCACGACAUCAAUCUGGCCUUCAAGCGUACUGCUGAGCCCAAGCCCACCAUGUUGUCUCAGUUGAACGGAGAGGCUGUGGAGCCGUACAUGUACAUCCGCCGCGUUCCUCUGAGUGUGGUUCCCGAAGGUGAAAAGGAGGCUGCUCAAUGGAUGCAGGACUUUUACGUGGAGAAGGACAAGCUCAUCGACAGCUUCCAUGAGACAGGCGACUUCUUCAAGACCUCCGGGGUCAAGGCUGUGCCGGAGAAGAUCUACAAGCCGCGUCUGAGCACUCUGCUCAACUUUAUUGGCUGGGCCAGCUUUUCCACUCUCCUGAUUCUGUAUUAUAUGGUUACUUCCUUGCUUGCCGGCAACUGGAUUGGCUUUUUCACCGUCUUUUCCAUCUUGGCUGGAUUCUAUGGCCUCAUGGAGCACGCCGUGAAUGCCUCCAAAAUCAGCAAGGCUUCCGCCUAUGGAACUUCUGCCAAGAAAUAGAAUCCUAUUCCAGAGUUUAUAUACUCGGUGACAUUUUUUCAUGAUUUAAUCGAAAAAUGGACUGUAAAAUCUUUAGAAAUAAAAUAAAAACCAACUGAAUAAAUAUUUUAAUGAACUGAUUAA